ACGAACGUUCCUGGCGUUGUUUCCUGUCGGCAGAGGAUCCAGGUUGCGCGCGGGAAGCUAGUGCUUGAGAUGGCGGUCGACACACAGACCGUGUAGCUUCAGGUCUGCAGCGUGUUGGAAAACUUUCUGCCUCGUAAUCUCAGCGCCAUGGAGGGGGGCAAGCCGAGCUGGCCCUGGUCUACCAGGCGGUCAGGCCCCUGUACCACGACCCGGACCCGUCCGGAAGGAGCGCGCCUCGGUUUGGCUCGGAGAGCUCCAGAGAUCGAUGUAUGCGUGGGAGAUCUCAGACCAGCUGCUGCAGCUCAAACAGGACGUGGAGUCGUGUUAUUUUGCUGCUCAAACGAUGAAGAUGAAGAUCCAGACCUCCUUCUUCGAGCUUCCUCCAGAGACCCACAAUGCAUUGCGAGACUCGCUGUUGACCCACAUCCAGAACCUCAAAGACCUGUCGCCCAUCAUUGUCACCCAGCUGGCUUUAGCCAUUGCAGAUCUCGCUCUCCAGAUGGCCUCGUGGAAAGGAUGUGUUCACACGCUCAUAGAAAAGUACAACAACGACAUCAGCUCCAUGCCCUUCCUCAUAGAGAUCCUCACCGUGCUGCCAGAGGAAGUCCAUAGUCGCUCUCUGCGGAUCGGAGCCAACCGGAGGACAGAAAUCAUUGAGGAUCUGGCGUAUUACUCCAGCACAGUGGUCACACUGUUGACUUCGUGUGUGGAGAAGACGGGGAACGAUGAGAAGAUGCUCAUCAAGGUGUUUCGCUGUCUGGGGAGCUGGUUCAACCUGGGAGUCCUGGACAGCAACUUCAUGGCCAGCAACCAGCUGCUCAUGGUGCUCUUCCAAGUCCUGCAGAGGGAUGAGACCCCGACCAACCUGCAUGAGGCGGCGUCGGACUGCGUGUGCUCAGCGCUCUACGCCAUCGAGAACGUGGAUACCCACCUGCCGCUAGCACUGCAGCUGUUCCAGGGCGUCCUGACGCUGGAGACGGCGUAUCAUAUGGCCGUGGCGCGGGAAGACCUCGACAAAGUGCUUAACUACUGCCGCAUCUUUACCGAACUCUGCGAGACGUUUCUGGAGACAACGGUCCGGAGUCCAGGCCAGGGGAUGGGAGACCUGCGCACGCUGGAGCUGCUGCUCAUCUGUGCAGGACACCCGCAGUACGAG